AUGUCUGUUACCGUUGGCAAGCUUAUGCGUCCUUCUUCAUCUUCUCGCUUUCUGUCUACGAACACAUCUACUGCUCUGAAUAAUCGCAUACCUGCACAUGUCUUUACAAAGGCCUCUACUCCAUCUGAGCUUCUAGUUGUCUUUCCGGACAUGCCGAACGUGCUCGAGCGCCGUAUCAAAAUUCGACCAAGGCAUUCUCCUAACUUUGUGCGGCUCCACAAUGAGGGAUAUGUCUCUUGGGCUGGACCUCUGUUUGAGAAACAUGUGAAUAGUACUAUUCAGCGCCCAUUCAAAGGGUCAGCUAUGGUGGUUAAUGAGGAAGUCAAGGAAGGAUUGAUGGAAAAGCUUGCUUCCGAUAUUUAUGUCAAAGAAAAGGUGUGGGACGUGGAAAAUGCCCUAGUUGUCCCAUUUCGGACCAUAAUGAGGUGGCACAAGGUCUGA